AGUCCGUGGCGGCGAGGGUCCAUGGCGGAGCCGCUGCGGCCCUUCCGGCUGCGCGGGCACGGCAGCCCGCAGAAGUUCGGCGUGGCUGCCAGGAGCCUGCGCGGGCUGCUGCGGAAGGGCUGCCGACUGCUGCAGCUUCCCUUGCCAGGCAGCCGCCUCUGCCUCUACGAGGAUGGGACGGAGCUGACCGAGAGCUACUUCCGCGCCCUGCCGCCGCAGACGGAGCUGGUGCUGCUGGGCCCCGGGGAGACCUGGCGGGGCUGUGAGUGGGCCGGGGGCGCCGGCGCCACCUCUCCCGCACACGCCGCAGGUGCCAGCGACAUCGAGCGGUUCCUGGCCGCCUUCCACAGCCGGAGGGAUGCGGUCGUGCGGGAGGCGCGGAGGCUGCUCUCCGACGAGCGGGCCCCCGGCAGGCAGAAGCUGCUGGCGGAUCUCGUCCACAACCUCAACGAAAACAUCCUGGCCGAGGACAAGGAGGACGACGCGCCGUGGUUUGAAGGUCUAGAGUCUCGCUUUAAGAACAAAUCAAGCUACAUGCGAUACAGUUGUGAAAGCAGAAUACGAAGCUACAUGAAAGAGGUUAGCAGUUUUACUUCAAAUGUUCAUCCUACAGCAAGAGAUGCAUAUAAAAGGAUAAUUGACCUGAUGUCAGAUAAACUGAAAUUGGUGAAAUACAACGGAUGCUACUUCGACAGAAGAGAGGAGGAGGCAGUCCGCCUGUGCACUGCGGAGGGAUGGUUCUCCUGCCAGGGACCUUUUGACAGCGACGACUGCCCAUGUAAGCAUUCUAUCAACCCCUACAGCAACAGGGAAAGCAGAAUCCUCUUCAGUACCUGGAAUCUCGAUCACAUAAUAGAGAAGAAACGUGCUGUUGUCCCAGAGCUGGCAGAAGCUGUCAAAACACAAGAUGGAAGAGAAGUGAACUGGGAAUACUUCUAUCAGCUGCUUUUUACUGUGGAUAACUUAAAGCUCGUACAUAUUGCUUGCCAUAAGAAAACCAAUCAUAAUCUCAGCUGUGACAAAACUAAAAUCUACAGAAAAAGGAAGCAAACCCACAAGAUUUCAUAGUGCUAUCUCUGGAAGUGACUUCUGCUUUUUUCCAAAAUCAUGUCACGUGGUAUCACUUUUAAAUAGCUCUAGUUUCUUAAACAAAAACUUAUUCAAGAGUCCCUGGCAAAAGAGACUUGCUAAGUAAUUCAGCUGCAGUCUCACAAAGCAUACGUUCGUAUCAUGCCUAAUUCUACCCUCCUGCCUUCUCCCUUACUGCAAGCCUUCCUUAGAUCACAUGGUGCUAAGUGUGAUAAAACACAGCUGUGAGUCAGAAUAUCAAUAUAUCAUUUAUAAGUGAGGCCAGAGGGUGACACUGAUUGUGCCGUGCAUCGCAGGCCCAAAACUCACAAUAUGCAGAAAGGAAACGGACAAAACACUUCUUAAAAACCGAUCUGAGGGGACUUGCAGGGUCGUAUUUCUCUGAAUGUUAAGCCAAACAAAGAAUAUUUUAGGAUAAUUAAUUUGCUCUCUGCCUUUCCUGGGCAGACAACCACUGCAUCUCAGGUAUGCCAAAGGGCGAGUCAGUGACAGAGCUGCAGGCUCUUCUGUACCGAAAUACCUGCACUCGUCCACCACCUCUCCAUUCGCUGCCGCUUCAGGCGUGCACCUCCUAGAAGGAAGAGCAAGGCCAUGGCAUAGCUUUGCUUUUACCACCUUUGUCAGCUUUCCCAUUGAUUUCCCUCUCAAACAGCUUCUGCCUCUUAGCUUGAGUUUGCCUGAAGCAGUACAAGCGAUGUUACUGCAUAAUAAUCAUGUUUACCUGCUGCUUCAGAGAAUACUGUUUUUGUAAAACACUUCCUACCUCAGGUAACAAAAUACAAAUCCAUUUUUUACUUUUUUAUAUAUUGGCUGAUAACAACUGAAUUUUUAGGGACUGUCAUUGUAAAUGAUGUGAAUUUUUUUUAAUAAAAAAAAUUACCACCAUC